UAUAAAUAGGCCCCCGUCGGCUGUGGAAGUGGACCUCCACACCAAGUGCUUCCAGACCAGGGUCGGACGGGACGGGACGGGACGGAAGUUGAACUGUGCGCGCGGACAACAUGACCUCACUAACGUGGCCACUGCUCUGUGUCAUCUUGGCCGCCGGAACCCUGGCGACUUCCCCGCAGUUCGGGUCCCGCGACCGGCAGAUCCACUCGAUCAGUCCGGGUGGCCCGCGGGUGUCCUCGGGGCCAGUCGGCCCGCGGGCCCGGCAGCCCUUCGAGGGGAUCAGAUCCGUGGAGCAGAGCUCCGACGAACCACCGAGACUUCGUGACGUCCAGCGAGGCUCCGAGGCCCGACCCGGGGCCAACAGGUACCUGGCCAAGCAGGAGAGACGGAGGGCUGGAGACGGAGCUGGUGGCACUAAUUCUGGGGUUUAUCGCUACCAGUCCUCCCAUCCACCCAGGCCGCCAAAGAAAAGCCAGCCGCUCUCACAGCUGCAACACAAAGCAGCCCUCUGGCAGCCUGCCCCCGGUGGCUCUGCAACAUCCAUCGGAGCUGACGCAGCAACAAGAUCUAACUGCAGAAAUCGUCGCAUAGACCUGGUCUUCAUCAUAGACAGCUCCCGCAGCGUGCGCCCUGCUGAGUUUGAAAAGGCCAAGGAGUUCCUACAAGACAUGGUGGACAGCCUGGAGAUCGGCUCGGACGCCACGCGGGUCGGCCUCGUCAAUUACGCCAGCACGGUGCAUAUCGAGUUUCUCCUGAAGACCUAUUUCACCAAGUCCGCCCUGAAGCAGGCGCUGGCCCGCGUCGAGCCCCUCGCCUCGGGCACCAUGACGGGCAUGGCCAUCAAGACCGCCAUGGAGAAAGCUUUCACGGCGGAGGCGGGGGCCAGAGCCAGCUCCGUGAACAUCGCCAAAGUGGCCAUCAUAGUGACGGACGGGAGGCCCCAGGACAAGGUGGAGGACGUAUCUGCGGCGGCCCGGGCAUCUGGGAUCGAGAUCUACGCGGUGGGUGUGGACAGGGCCGACAUGAUGUCCCUCCGCCUCAUGGCCAGCCCUCCGCACGAUGACCACGUCUUCUAUGUGGAGACCUAUGGUGUCAUUGAGAAGCUCACUUCCAAAUUUAGGGAGACCUUGUGUGGUUUGGAUGCAUGUGCUCAGGGACACAAUUGCCACCACAUCUGUGUCAACAAUGACUACUCAUACGACUGCAAGUGUCGCAACGGCUAUAUCUUGAACCCGGAUAAGAAAACAUGCUCACGUUCAGAUACAUGUGCCCAAGGAUAUGACUGCCAGCAUAUUUGUGUCAGCACCAAUGACUCCUACAUCUGCAAAUGCCGUGAGGGAUAUGUGUUGAAUGCAGACCAGAAAACGUGCUCACGUCCAGGUUCAGAUGCUUGUGCCCAUGGACAUGACUGCCAGCACAUGUGCAUCAACAAUGGGAACUCCUACGUCUGCAGGUGUCAAGUUGGAUAUGUGUUGAACAUGGAUCAGAAGACCUGCUCACGUACAAAUGCAUGUGGUCAGGGAAAUGACUGCCAGCAGAUUUGUAUCAACAACGGGGACUCCUACAACUGCAAGUGCCAAGAUCGAUAUGUGUUGAAUGCAGACCAGAAAACAUGCUCACAGGAAAUGAGGAGUGAAACAACUCAAGACGCCUGCAUGUGUGAAGCCCAGAUUGUGUUCCAGAAAAAAGUGCAGGCGGCCAUUCAGGAGCUGAGCAGAAAACUUGAUGCACUUUCAGACAAAGUGAACCUUAUUGAGGGCCAAGGGCACAAUUAAGGACAGCGAUGAAGACAUGUUCAUGACGAGGAUCCUCUGACCAGCGGAAGUCUUGUAACCCUCAAAAUGCUUCUGUAAUAAUGUUUGCAUGGUGUGGAUUUCUCAUGCAGUAUACUGAUCGCGUUAAUAUUUAAUAUCAUAAACAAGCAUUUUGCAUCCACAACACUGUAUGUUAUUACUUCUUUUGUUAAAGUCAGGUAUAACUGGUGUAAAUGUUUACAUAUACUGCACCUGUAUAUUUGUAAGAAAAGCUCCAUUUCUUUCUGGCAGUGUAAGCCAUCCAGUAUGGAAUCAAAAUAUGUGAGAUAGUUAGGGAAAUUAUAGAAUAGAGAAGUGAAAACCUCAUUGUAGACAUGUUAAAAGUAUACUUUCAACUAUUUCAAUGUUUUUUGUGGAAGACUUGUACCGGAUCCAAGAUGCAAGAGUAUUUCCUGGUCAGUGUUCCUCCAUGCAUAACCACAACACAACAACUAAUCUCCUCUACAACAAGAGCAUUGUUGUUGCCUCGAUCCAAUGAGCCUGUGGCAUUGUUACAUCACAGUGAAUUACUAUAAUCCUGUUCUUUGAUACCUGAAAUAUUGCAACAACUAUAUUGCGCACAAUUAGUUGUUUUGUUUUGUUUGUAACAUACUGGUACAAUUGUUUCAGUGGGAAAACAAUUUAGGGAGUUAUUGGACGGCGUCAACAUUUUACACGCUUGGCAAGUGUUGUACCAAAGUGUCUGGUCGCGGUCCUAGAAAUUAAAUAAAAUGUUUCCGUUUUUUGA